CUGUUCAUCAGCUUCCGUAAAAGGAUUGAAAUUUAUUGAUUAGCUAAGUUACUAUCAGCUUCUCGUGUGUGAAAUGGUGGUAAAGGCCUCUACCACAAAAAGUCGGGGUUGAAAUUAAGGUAGGAAAGGAAGAAUGAAUUGUGUGUCGGGGGUGAAAUGGUUUGGAAGUGUAAAUUAGAAAACUGACGAAUACGUGAAGAUCGUUAUAUUCAAAUUCAUCACACGGAAAUACAUUUGCUGGAAUGGCAUCAGUGAAGAAUGGUGAGUUUCUUGACGGGCAAGGAUGAUACAGCAUCAUGUUCCCCAUUCACCUCUUCAGCAGUGCACCAUCUACAAGGAUCCCCUGUACUGAAAGAUGACCACAAUGGGCUUCUGGGAUGGUGCAAUGUCUGGAUGUGGAAAUCAGUAAGAGCAGGGAGGGGAGAGGACACGUGUGGGGUCUCGCCAAAUUUUAUUUUCUACGAUACAGUGCGCAGCAAGGGCUUCGAUAUUUCCCAGCAAAACAUGCAAGUAAACACCACUCCCUCUUCCCAUCCUCCAGCACUACAAACUUUCACAUUUCCCACAGAUACACAUAAUGAAAUAUGGCGGGAUCCCACACAUGUCCUCUCCAGUGCAAAGCCAUCCAUGAGCAUCCUUGUGUUCUCUCCAACUUGUGGACAAACAAAACAAAAUUAGAAUUGUAUACUCCACACAGCAACUUGCUCCUCCCCAUCUUAAGUUACUUGUACUUCAUGCAAGUAACUCAAGCUGGGGAGCAGCAAGUUGCUCUGAAACAUGAAAUGCUGUAAGAAAAAUUUUGCAAUUACAAAUAAAAAAACUGUCUACAAAUAG